GUUGGUCGGAACCUGCAGUGGCGGGACCCGGGCCUCCCCGCCGCGACUGUGGGGUCUGGGACCCGAGUACCCCAGGCGCAGCUCGACCCUUGGUCUCCUCGGUCGCAGGGUGGAGCUGGACCAGCCGCCGGGACCCCGGGUGUCAUGUCCCGACCCCGGAGCCCUCUCAGGGCAGCUCCGCGCCGGUAGCCCCGCGUCUACCCAGGAUACCCAGACUCAGGACUGCUGAAAGGAGUGCUGUCUGCGCACCAGGUGGUGGCAGUUUGUUGUGACGGGUACUAGAGAUCCUCUACAAAGAGCAUUCGGGGCAACGCAGCAGCACAACUGACUCCCUGGACCCACCACGGAGAGGGUGAUCCUCCUCUGCGGCUGGCUCUCUGAGUAGGACUCAGUGGCCUUUGAGGAUGUGGCUGUGAACUUCACCCAGGAGGAGUGGGCUUUGCUGAGUCCUUCCCAGAAGAAUCUCUACAGAGAUGUGAUGCUGGAAACCUUCAGGAACCUGGCCUCUGUCGGAAUCCAAUGGAAAGACCAGGACACUGAGAAUCUGUACCAAAAUCUGGGGAUUAAGCUAAGAAGUCUGGUGGAGAGACUCUGUGGACAGAAAGAAGGGAGUGAACACAGAGAAACCUUCAGCCAGAUUCCUGAUUGUCACCUGAACAAGAAAAGUCAUACUGGAGUGAAACCAUGCAAAUGCAGCGUGUGUGGGAAAGUCUUCCUCCGUCAUUCAUUCCUGGACAGGCACAUGAGAGCUCAUGCUGGACACGAAAGGUCCGAGUGUGGUGGGGAAUGGGGAGAGAAGCCCCGUAAACAGAAACAACAUGGGAAAGCCUCCAUCUCUCCCAGUAGUGGUGCACAGCGCACAGUAACACCAACUCGAAAGAGACCUUAUGAAUGCAGGGUGUGCGGGAAAGCCUUUAAUUCUCCUGAUUUAUUUCAAAUCCAUCAAAGAACUCACACUGGAAAGAGGUCCUAUAAAUGUAGGGAAAUAGUGAGAACCUUCACCGUUUCCAGUUUCUUUCGAAAACAUGGAAAAAUGCAUACUGGAGCAAAACGCUAUGAAUGUAAAUACUGUGGAAAACCUAUCGAUUAUCCCAGUUUAUUUCAAAUUCACGUUAGAACUCACACUGGAGAAAAACCUUACAAAUGUAAACAAUGUGGUAAAGCCUUCAUUUCCGCAGGUUACCUUCGGACACAUGAAAUCAGAUCUCACACGCUGGAGAAAUCCCACCAAUGUCAGGAAUGUGGGAAAAAAUUUAAUUGCUCCAGUUCCCUUCACAGACAUAAAAGAACCCAUAGUGGAGUGAAACUCUACAAAUGUCAGAAAUGUGCCAAAGUCUUUAGAUGCCCCUCAUCCCUUCGAGAACAUGAAAGGGCGCACACUGGAGAAAGACCUUAUGAAUGUAAUAAAUGUGGUAAAACCUUCAAUUAUCCCAGUUGUUUUCGAAGACAUAAAAAAACUCAUAGCGGAGAAAAGCCAUAUGAAUGUAAAAGGUGUGGUAAAGCCUUUGGGUGGUGCAGUUCCCUACGAAGACAUGAAAUGAUUCACACUGGAGAAAAACCCUUUGACUGUAAACAGUGUGGUAAAGUCUUUACUUUUUCAUAUUACCUUAGGCUUCAUGAAAGAACUCAUUUGGCUGGGCGCAGCCGCUGCUUUGGCAGGAGGCAUGGGGAUCACCUGAGCCCAGGAGUUUGAGACCAGCCUGGGCAACAUAAGAAGGCCCCACAUCGGCCGGGUGCGGUGGCUCAUGCCUGUAAUCCCAGCACUUUGGGAGGCCGAGGCGGGUGGAUCACCUGAGGUCCAGAGUUCGAGACCAGCCUGGCCAACGUGGUGAAACCCCAUCUCUACUAAAAAUACCAAAAAAUUAGCUGGGCAUGGUGGCAGGCACCUGUAAUCCCAGCUACUCGGGAGGCUGAGGCAGGAGAAUCGCU